AUGAACGGCACUACUGGAAACCUUUCGUCCAUUAAACCGGAAGUCAUAUGGAUACCAUAUAGUUUUUUGAUUGUACUAAUGAUAGCCGUACUAGCUUUUUCCUUUGUACGAUACCACAGACGGAAAAUCACAAAACGAAAAUGGACCAAAGAGUACGCAGAUGAAAAUUUGCAUAUUCAAAGAGCUGGAAUUCACGGGAUCACUUGCAACUCCAAUGACAUGAGACUUGUUGAUUUGGGAUCAUCAAUGAUGCAUCCAGAAAUCUUAAGAUUGUGUACCGACUUUUCGAUCCAAUCAUUACCCAACUUCGCUCGGCACAAUUUAGAACUGAAAUCCAGUAAAGACACGGAUGAGUCCGUAGAUGUUAAUAAGAUAGUCAUAGAAGAUUGGAUGGAACACAAGGAGCUAAAACAAAUGAGAAUCUCAAAUCUUUCAGCGGGGAUCCAUAAGGACACUUCAGCAACCUUCCAGAAGGAUGCUCUUGUAAGCUUCCAAAAAGAUGGUUCAGAAAAUUUUGAUCAUGACUUGGUAGAGAUUGGAAUCGAUGAAGUGUGUGAAUCUUGCAAGAGGAUUGUGUUACAGUAUCACAAACAUAAUCCGCAUCGAUUGAAAACAUUGAAGGAUUCGCUACACUCUCAUCCACCAUACCCAUUUGAAACGCAAGCAAAUUCAUUCGUUCCUAUUGUAAAUAACGAACUUAAAAGUGCAGAACAUUUUUGUUUGUGUAAAUGUCGAUGCUGCAAUGCCAAUGUUAACCGUGAACCAGUGACACCAAUCUUGCAACCCAAAACUGAAGAUGUUGUGACUGUCGGCAAUGAACGUCUUGGAGAGUACCAUGAUUCUCUGAUACAAUCAGAAAGCCAGCAUACUUCUCAUUUGAAUGACAACAUAGUUUGUCCCAAAGGCGAUAUCUAUGCGAUACCUGAAAAGAAAUGGUGGUCACAUAAAAUCUUCAACGACAAAUACGUUAAACCUACUAAAAAUACAGAUAUGUUCGAAAGAGCUAUUGACAAGGUUGCCUCUAUGGUUGAUAUAGAUCUGUCGCAACGGAAAUGUUACGAAAACACCAAAACUGGAGUGACAAAUCACGGGAAGGCUUUACCAAAACGAAAACGAUCAUAUGUUCGAAAAUCAGUUUCAAAGAGAAGGCAUCGAAACUCUCUUUCAAUGUCUCAAGCUAAAAGCACGUCUCAAAGCUACGUAAGUAGCUAUCAUAAACGACCUUUGUCGCAAAUUAGAAUCGCAACAGAUUACAGUUCAACGACAAGCAGUGAAAGACAAUCCGAUGAUGAAUAUCGGUCGUACGAAGAAAUAUGGUCUGGUCGUAACGACAUCGGACAAGCUUCCAACAUCCAUAACGAUACGUUUAAAAAUCAACUUUCUUCAACGUCUCGCAACACGAAACCAGAUUGCCAUCGGUCAAAAGGAUGCCAUAAAUCAUAUUUGCCCAGAAUAAAUUUCCAUUACAGUCAAACAAUGACAGAAAAGUUUAAAGAGCCAUUGAACAUGGAUUCAAUUAGUGACUGUAGCGUGAAUGUGAAAAUGAAAUUACCUCCAGAAUUACAAAUAAAUUCUUCAAGUGAAAAUUCUGUCGCUUAUGAGAAAUGGUUAUCACGAGAAACCUCCCAGAUCAAUUCUAACCUGAUUGAGAUGGCGAAAUUACCCGGAAAGUCGAAUACUGAAUCCAAUAGAGACCCUGACAUACAAAAACAAUUGAAAGUAGACGAUAAGAGAAAAGACGACAUAAGAUCAAUAGCUCAGUCUUGCCAUCAUCAAUUAAUAAAGUGUACAACACUUCACAAUCCAUACGAUCAAUACUUUAAUUGUACAGAUGCAGAAAAGAUGAAUCAAGUUGUACCAAAAAGUAAUGAAAAUCGAACUGGUGAUAUAUAUUGGUUAGACAUACACAACGAAGAUACGAUAGUUUAA